AUCGUGUCUCUCGGGGGAAGUUGUUGUUUGGCACCGAGAAUAUUGUCGGGACUCGGGACAAAGUGACUCUGCUUCGAUGGUCGCGACGGGGUCCCGACGGGGCAGGGUCGACUGAGGGGUAGCUCGAGUUAGAGGGGCACACAUGUUUACCGUGCAGAUGUUUACCCAGCAGCCUGAGAAUGUGAACGAGCACAGCAGGAGGGGCUCCGUUAUCUUGCAACUUCUGGAGUAUUGCAUCAUGUCCUACUUAUAUCACUCGGGACUCCGAGAACUUGACAAACAUCGCCUCUCGAUCCUUCCACAAGCAGUACAUCAUGUUCGCCAAACAGGAUAACCGCCUUAUCUUCAGCUACGAUGCCGACAAACUCUGGAUCGAGCCUUGGGGCAAGAAUGCUCUUCGCAUUCGCGCGACUCAGCUGAAUCAGAUGCCUCCGGAGAAUUGGGCCCUCGAUGAAGUAUCAGGCUCUAGCGCUGCGGUCGAGAUCGGCGAGAAGUCAAGCUCCUUGACCAACGGCGAAAUCAAAGCCGUGGUCACCGCAAAGGGCAAAUUGACAGUAUACGGUCACGGCGGCAAGAUCAUCCUCGACGAAGCUGUUCGCAACCGUCGUGACGUCCUGGACCCCAAGUGCAGCGCCAUCGACAGAGAAGCCCGAGAAUUCCAGGCUAUUCCAUCCACCAACGAUUACCAUAUUGUCUGGCGGUUAGAGUCGCUCGACAAGGAUGAGAAGAUUUACGGCAUGGGACAAUACCAGCAACCCUACCUCGACCUCAAAGGUCUCGAUCUCGAGCUUGCCCACCGAAACUCGCAAGCCAGUGUUCCCUUCGCUGUGUCUUCGCUCGGAUAUGGACUGCUGUGGAACAACCCCGGAAUUGGAAGAGCUGUCUUUGGCAAGAACAUCAUGUCUUUCGAAGCUUUGAGCUCCACCGUUCUUGACUGUUGGCUGGUUGCAGGUGAGACACCUGCAGAGAUUGUUCAGGCUUAUGCGGGAGUCACUGGAAAAGUGCCCAUGAUGCCAGAGUAUGGUCUUGGAUUCUGGCAGUGUAAGCUCCGUUACCAGACCCAGGAGGAGCUACUUGGGGUUGCAAGAGAAUAUAAAGCUCGCCAACUGCCAAUCGAUCUCAUCGUCAUCGAUUUCUUCCAUUGGCCCUUACAAGGAGAAUGGAAGUUCGACCCGACAUAUUGGCCCGAUCCUGAUGCUAUGGUCCAAGAGUUGAAGGACAUGAACAUCGAGCUCAUGGUCUCAAUCUGGCCCACCGUCGACCGAAGAUGCGAGAACUACGAAGAGAUGGUAGAGAAAGGGCUGUUGAUUCGGUGCGAUCGUGGUACAAGAAUUUCUUUGGACUUCGAGGGCAACACCGUUCACUUCGACGCUACCAACCCCGAGUCAAGAGCAUACGUCUGGAACAAGGCCAAGCAAAACUACUUCUCGAAGGGUAUCAAGACGUUUUGGCUGGACGAAGCAGAGCCGGAAUACUCGAUCUACCACUUCGACAACUGGAGAUACUGGCAGGGUUCAAACGUCAGCAUUGGCAACAUCUAUCCAAAGGAAUACGCCCGUGCAUUUUAUGAGGGCCAAGAAGCGGAGGGUCAGAAGAACAUCGUCAACCUGUUACGGUGCGCAUGGGCUGGUAGCCAGAAGUACGGUGCCUUGGUGUGGAGUGGAGAUAUUGCAUCUUCCUGGUACAGUCUGAAGAACCAAUUUGCUGCUGGACUCAACAUGGGUAUGGCAGGCAUCAGCUGGUGGACCACAGACAUUGGCGGUUUUCAUGGCGGGAACCCAGAUGAUGAAGCCUUCCGAGAGCUGUUCACCAGGUGGUUCCAAUAUGGUGCAUUUUGUCCUGUAAUGCGCUUGCAUGGUGAUCGAGAGCCUCACCAACCUCAACAAGGCACCACCGGUGGUGCGACCUGCUUGUCUGGAGCUCCGAAUGAGGUCUGGUCGUAUGGCCCAGAAGUCUAUGAGAUCUGCAAGAAAUACAUGAAGAUCAGAGAGGAUAUGAGAGACUACACACGCAGCCUCAUGAAGGAGGCUCAUGAGAAUGGCUCCCCAGUCAUCCGACCCAUCUUCUACGACUUCCCCAAGGAUAAGAAGGCCUGGUCGAUCGAAGACCAGCACAUGUACGGACCCAAGUACCUGGUGUCGCCAAUCCUCAACCCUGGUCAGCGAAAGCGUACAGUUUACCUUCCUGCUGGUGCGACCUGGAAAGCUCUUGAUGGCGAUGGGGUUUUCAAUGGUGGUCGCGAGAUUGAGGUCGAUUGCCCUAUGGAGACCAUGCCUGUUUUCGUCAAGCAAUAGAUCAUCGCACUCGAUUUUUAGUGUAGAUAGAAUCUGGUGUUAGAGCAGCAUACCUUAGAUCGAGUUUGUAAUUUGCGAAGCUGGGUUGAAUGAAAUCAUGUUUUAGGGUUGGAUCUAGUAUUUGUGUGGACAGAGUGACCUAGAAAAACGCGUCCACUUGCUUACUCGGCAAAAGACUCAGGUAUCGUUACUGCCUCAAUCUUCUGAAACAGACGGCUCAUGAUUUCUCC